UAAAUGUCCACCAGAUGUCAGCAAAGCCGAACUUCCUUUCGUUCUGUAUUUUUUUUUAAUUGUUGAUGUGAAUAGACGCACGUUAUUUAAAGCAAAUAAUCUCAAAAAGCGCGUUUAUCCAUCACAGUAAUGAAGCCUUAAAGCCAGGACACAAUUAGAGGCUACACGGUUACGUUUUUAUUGCUAGCUAAGGUUGUGAAACUGCAGUAGCUGCUAAUGUUUUGGUUAGAGGUGGGGGAUGUGUGUCAGAUCAUAACAGUAGAUCUACAAACGCUCUGCACUCACUUUACUCCCGAAGCACACGGACGGGAUUGUUUGUAGAUCAGUAGACGAACGGUCAAGAGAUUUCCAGCACGCUCGACCCCACUCGGUUCGCUUGUCCUCUACAUGGGCUUCGAGUUGGAAACGUGUCCACCAGUCGGUCCAAAUGGACCGUCUCGUAUCGUAAUUGUAGGGCUUUCGCAUGGCCGGAGCUUGCUGCAAGUGUCCUGUUUCUUUAUUCGUGUUUAAGCGCUCUCUCUCGGUGGCUCCUCGGAGCGGCGGCUCGGCUCCUCGGUCCCCAUUCCUGCAGGGCUGGCGGCUCGGGGAGCGGGGCCUGCAAGAGGCCGCCCGCCCCUGUAGCGCCCUCAGACCCGCGGGCUUCUACCGACAAACAGCCUUCCUUUGUCUCUCCUGCCAGGGGUCCAUGAGCGAGAGUCUGCGAACCUGUUACUUGUAUCUGAACCAGACCAGCCGGAGCUUUGCAGCCGUGAUCCAGGCGCUGGACGGGGAGCUGAGACAUGCAGUUUGCAUCUUCUACCUGGUGCUGCGAGCGCUGGACACAGUUGAGGACGACAUGACCAUCUCUCUGGAGAAGAAGGUGCCCAUGCUGAACAAUUUCUACACCUACCUGUACCAGGAGGAGUGGUGCUUCACCGAGAGCCAGGAGAAGGAUCGGCGAGUUCUGGAGGAUUUCCCCACGAUCUCGCUGGAAUUCAGAAACCUCGCUCAGGAAUACAGAGACGUCAUCUCGGACAUUUGCCACCAGAUGGGAGUCGGAAUGGCUGAAUUCUUGGAGAAGAACGUAGGAUCCAUGAAGGAAUGGGACCAGUACUGCCACUACGUUGCCGGUCUGGUCGGCAUCGGCCUGUCGAGGCUCUUCUCUGCCUCCCAGCUGGAGGAUCCCGAGGUUGGACGGGACAUAAAGCUGGCCAACUCCAUGGGCCUGUUCCUGCAGAAGACCAACAUCAUCCGAGACUAUCUGGAGGACACACGAGAAGGACGUGCCUUCUGGCCAAAAGAGGCAUGGAGCCAGUUCGCCAGUGAGCUUGAGGAUUUGGCUCAGCCUGAGAAACUGGAGUCAGCUUUGUCCUGCCUCAACUUGCUGGUCACAGACGCUCUGCACCACGUUCCCGACGUCAUCGCCUACCUGUCCCGCCUGCGCAACCAAAGCGUCUUUAACUUCUGCGCCAUUCCACAAGUGAUGGCGAUAGCGACCCUCUCCACAUGCUACAACAACCCCAUGGUGUUUCAGGGCGUGGUGAAGAUCAGAAAGGGACAGGCUGUCACGCUCAUGAUGGAGGCCACCAACAUGAGAGCUGUGCAGACCAUUAUCACCCAGUACAGUCAGGAGAUUUUACAGAAGGUCUCCCUCACCGACCCGUCGCGGGACAAGACGCUGCACAUCCUGGCUGUAAUCCAGGAGACGUCCGCUCUGCCGCAGUCCAGCUUCUCCUCCAGGACCCACCACUUGUCUCCGAUGUACCUGUCGGCCGCCAUGCUGCUGGCUGCUUUCAGCUGGCAGUACCUCAGUACGACCGCAGCUCAGGCGCAAGGGACAGGAGACAUGCAGUGACGUCCUCACAGAUUGAAUAAUCCUCAUGGGACUCAUCAAAUCUGAGAAAUUGUUUCCAUGUGGCCUGAAUUGUGAUCAGGUGUUGGGUUAAUUUAAUUAUAGUCCAUCCUGUGUCGAUCGCCGUGACGACAAAGCCAUUUUCAGAUUUAGGAACGCUGCCAACAACCCCCUUCGAAGCUUGUGUUUCAUUUAGUUUUUAACUAUUUUUAGGUAAAACGCCAGUGGACUUUGCGGUAUUUCUGCUGUAUGAUGGCAGAGGUCUCACCGACUGGAUAAACACAUUGAAUAUGUUCCGUUUCUUCUUAAGUACGGGUGUUUAUAAAGGGAACUCUGCAACACCAGAGUAGUUUUAUCCCACCUGAACUGUUAAAAUGGGAUUAAAACGUAUUUCGAAGAUGUGAAAUUUGUUAGCUAAGUGUCCUUAAAUACAGCUUUGGUGAGUAGAAAGGCUAGCACAGAGUAACCUUGUACAGAACCAAAGGAGAUCUACAAACAUUGCUAUGUAAUGUGACUUUUGCUGAUUUGUACAUAUUUGAAUAAAAUGAGGAUAAACGUGAACUUGAUUAAACACAAA